AUGUUGUUUAUUACUUUUAAAUAUAUAAUAGAAGGAUAAAUCAUGAAUUAUAAGUGGUUUAUUAACAUUUGAUUAGUACAUUACAACUUGAAAAUUAACCGUUAGGAUUUAUAUUAGUAAAAAUUUGUAACACAAUUUUGCAAUAAGAUGGAUGAAACAGUGGUUUUGGUUUUGCUUGUUUUGGUGAUGUUGGUGGGUUCUUAUGUUGCUGGCAGUAUUCCACUUAAUGUUAGCAUGUCAGAGGACAAGCUACAGAAAGUGACAGUUUUUGGUGCGGGUCUAUUAGUGGGUACAGCACUAGCAGUUAUAAUUCCGGAAGGAGUGCGGUCGCUGUUCUCCGAGAGAGUUGCACUUGUCACUAAAGAUUACACACCAGAGCCUGCUGUACAUAGCGACUUGCAUUCCGUUAUUGGCAUAUCUUUAGUUCUAGGUUUCGUUUUUAUGCUGCUGGUCGACCAGCUAUCCUCGAGAUAUAAUGACACGACAAAUCCGACUGAAAAGAACAUUACAGCAACAGUUGGAUUGGUAGUCCAUGCCGCUGCUGAUGGCAUAGCGCUGGGCGCGGCGGCCACCACAUCUCAUGCGGACGUGGAACUGAUCGUAUUUCUCGCCAUUAUGUUGCACAAGGCGCCCGCCGCCUUCGGCCUUGUUACAUUCCUCAUGCACGCCGGACUUGAGAGGAAUCGGAUACGUAAGCAUUUGCUGAUCUUUUCAUGCUCAGCACCGCUGCUGGCGUUGCUCACAUACUUUGGUAUUGGUAACGAGAGCAAGCAGACGUUGAGUGAUUUUAAUGCUACAGGUAUAGCGAUGUUAUUCUCAGCGGGCACAUUUCUGUACGUAGCGACCGUACACGUGUUGCCGGAGUUGACGCACACACAUGCGCACACGCAUACGCUCCUGCCAAUGCAAGAUGGCGUCCCCGCAAAGAAAGGCUACGGCGGCCUGCAGCUGUGCGAAGUGCUCAUACUGGCCAUCGGUGCGAUGCUCCCCGUCAUACUUACAAUGGGACAUGAACAUUAAUGCAAAGGUAUUAAGAUUGAAAUUUCAAUAACUGGCAAUCUUUGAAACUUUGUCAUUUUAGCGACAUUUAUGAAACAUUUUUUAAUAC